AGAAUUGACCCUCUACUUUAGUCGAUCCUCUUUGAGUGCAAUUGUCUCUCUGGAUUGGAAUUUUUGUGAUAUUCCUUGGGUAGAGCAUAAAAAAUGGCUUGCUCAGCAGUGAGAUGUCCAAUUUUACGUAAUCCCAUUCAGGUGAAGAAUUAUGCUACACUGGCCAAAACAGCCCAAUCGUCACCGGUGGCAAAUAUUGACAGCCAGGUGCUCAGUAAUAAAGUAACUGUUGCUGCCCUGGACAACAACAGUCCAGUUGCCCAAGUGUCAAUAAUCUUCAAAGCUGGCUCACGUAAUGAGACAUACGAUACCCAGGGCUUAACUCACCUCCUGAGAAUUGCAGCCGGUCUCACAACAUCAAGAUCGUCAACCUUUGCCAUAACCAGAAAUGUUCAACAGCUCGGUGGCAAUCUCUUCGCAGUAUCCGAUCGUGAAUCCAUUGCUUACACACUCCAGGUUACUCGUAACAAUCUAGAGAAGGCCCUCAUAUUUUUGGAAGAUGUCGCGACACAACAGGUUUUCAAACCUUGGGAAAUAUCAGACUCAACUCCUCGAUUACGUUACGAGCUCUCAACUCUACCUGACAAUGUUCGUAUUGUCGAGUUGUUGCAUAAAGCUGCAUACCGCGACGGUCUGGGAUACUCCCUAUACUCACCAAAACGUCAGCUUGAUAAAAUUUCAACGGAAACAUUGCAACACUUCGUGAAUUCCUGGUACACUGGAAAUCGAUGUGCAAUAGUUGCCACUGGAAUUUCCCUGAGGGAAAUUACUCCAUUGGCAUCAGAACUGUGCCUGGGCUCAGGCUCUGGCAACAGCACCCCCACAAAAUUCGGAGGUGGUGAAAUACGCAAGGAGCGCAAUUCACCACUGGCGAGUGUUGGUGUGGCAGUGGAAAGCACUGGUUUCGAUAAGGAAACCGAUGCUCUAGCCUUCGCAGUCCUACAAAAGGCUGCUGGAACUGGGCCACACACCAAAUGGGGCACUUCAACAGCACCACUCCAGAGAGCUGUUGCAUCAGCUGCUGGAUCUGAUCCCUUUGCUAUCACAGCAUUCAAUGCCUCUUAUUCUGACUCUGGACUAUUCGGAUUUCUUCUUCAAGCACCUGCUAAUGUCGCAGGACCUCUUACAAAAGCUGCAUAUAAGUGGAUGUCAUCAGCAAACAUUACAGACGCUGACGUUGCACGCGGCAAAACAGAACUGAAAGCUUCGAUUCUUUUUGCUUCUGAUAAUAAUAUGUGUCAGCUUGAAAAUCUGGCACAACAGGUUCUGUUUAAGGGACGCGUUAUUUCUCCAGCCAGUCUUAUUGCUGAAGUUGAUAAAAUCAGUCCAGCUGAUGUUAAGAAGGUGGCUGGAAAACUCAGUGGUAAAGUGGCGCUCGCAGCAAUUGGUAAUUUAGCAACUGUACCCCAUGUAGAUCAACUCAGUUAGAUUUUUUCAAUCUAACGAUCCGCCAUUAAUAGUAAUGAACUAUUUAUCGAAUAUAAAAAUACAUCCGCAUGUCAGAUCAGGUCGUAUUGAUAAUGCCCUGCAACCGUCUGCAAUUCAUGUAAUUGUGUACAUAAUAAUAAAUAAAAAUAAAGAAGAGGAUAAAUAGUUGAAUGGAAA